UUCCUCCGCCGAAAACAUCAAACCGCAGCGUGCGGCCGCGAGCGGAGCCGGGCUGCAGCCAUGGCAGAGGGCAGGGGCGGUGGAGCCGGGCUCUUCGCCAAGCAGGUCCAGAAACACUUCAGCCGGGCGCAGGAGAAGGUUUUGCAAAAAAUUGGGGGAAAACAGUGGAAACCAAAAGACGAGCAGUUUGAGCAAAGCGCCUACAACUUCCAGCUGCAGCAGAACGAAGGAAACAAACUCUACAAGGAGCUGAAGGGUUUCCUGGGUGCCGUGAGAGUGAUGCACGAGAGCUCCCGGAAAGUGGCCGAAACGCUGCAGGAGAUUUACAGCCCCGCCUGGGACGGCCACGAGGAGCUGAAAGCCAUCGCAGCUAGCAAUGACCUCCUGUGGGAUGACUACGAGGCAAAGCUGGCCGACCAAGCCUUGCGCCUGAUGGAGAACUACCUGGCCCAGUUUGGGGACUUUAAGGAGCGCAUUGCCAAGCGGGGCCGUAAGCUGGUGGACUACGACAGCGCCCGGCACCACCUGGAAGCUCUGCAAAGCGCCAAGAAGAAGGACGAGGCGAAAAUUGCCAAGGCCGAGGAGGAGUUUAACAAAGCCCAGGCGGUGUUCGAAGACCUGAACAGGGACUUGCGGGAGGAGCUGCCGGUUCUGUAUGGCAGCCGCAUUGCCUGCUACGUGACCAUCUUCCAGAACAUCUCCAACCUCCGUGACGUCUUCUACAAGGAGAUGAGCAAGCUCAACCGUGACCUCUACGAGGUGAUGAGCACACUGGACAAGCAGCACUCCAGCAAGGUCUUCAUCGUCAAAGGUGUCCCCAGCAAUCGGCGGUCGCUGGUCAUCUCCUCGCCGGUGAGCCCCCCGCCCGUGUUCCCCUGCCCGGGGAGGGCACUGGCCCGGGAGCCUGCGGUGGAAGCAGAGGAGGCGAUGGCAGAGUCCCCUGCGGUGGGUGAUGGUGCCACCGAUGCCAUCUCCAACGGGGAGCCGGGGGUCACCGUCCCUGGCCCACCCCCCGCUUCACCCGCCAGCGGUGGGUCCCUAUCGGAGACGGCGUCGAUCUCCAGCGAGGACCCCCCAGAGCCCGACCCCAGUCCCGAAGCACCGUCCCACGAGCCGGGGACACCGGUGACAUCCGCGGGGCCACAUGCCAAGUCCCCCACGGGCACCGAGAGCCGGGGUGCGGGGCCGGCGGGGGCUGCCAGCAGGGCGCCUGGGGGGGCAGAGGCCAUCGCCACCUCCCUGGCGUCGCUGAUUUUAUCCAAGGCCAUUGCCCAGGCUGCCGGCACCGCGCCACCGGAGCCGGGAAGAGCUGGGGUGGGGGCGAGCGAAGCCCCGGCCACCAUGGGGGACCCCCAUCAGCCAGAUGGCACGGCCACCGACGGCGGGGGGCAGGCACAGCCGGGGGGGUCACCACCCCCAGCCCCGGUCAGCCCCGGUGAUGUCCCCGGUCCAGCAGCGGUGUGCCCGGAGCCGUGCCCACGCGGCAGUGCCACCGAUGGGGACAGCGACUCCGAGGGCAGCGUGGAGGUGAUGGACAUCGAGCCGCAGGUGGCCAAAGCACAGGAACAAGGCUGCCAGGGGACGCCGGAGCAGGACGUGAGCCAGGACACCCCCCCAGCACCACCUCCCCCCAAGACCCCCUCGAGACCCUCACCCCACUGUGAGCGGGCACCCAGCGGUGCCACCAGAUCCCCUUUGUGUAACCGUCCCGCGCAUCCCACCCCCCAUCCUGUUGGAAAUAAAGGCUGAGAGAGCAGCGAGA